CCCUCCCCCGCCCGCGGCCGGGGCUGGGCUGCCCCGCACCGCACCGCCGAGCAGGAGCGGCCGGAGGAUGGGGCUCAUCACAGUGAAGCUUUGGAGACCCUCAACGAGGGAGCAGCCCAACCAAGGAAGACAGCAAGGGAUUGCAGUCUGACCCACACAGCUGGCAGGGUGAUGAAGCUGAAUGAGCGAAGCGUGGCCCACUAUGCCACCUGUGACUCACCCGCUGACCAUGCCGGCUUCCUGCGCAAGCGGGUGGAACGGCACCACCACCAUGCCCACCACUACAGCACCUCCUACCAGCGCCGCUGGUUUGUCCUCAAGGGCAAUCUCCUCUUCUACUUCGAGGAGCGGGAGAGCCGUGAGCCUGUGGGGCUGGUGGUCCUGGAGGGCUGCACCGUGGAGCUGUGUGAGGCUGCUGAGGAGUUCGCCUUUGCCAUCCGCUUUGACGAUGCUGGCGCCAGGGCUUAUGUGCUGGUGGCUGACGGGCAGGCUACCAUGGAGGCCUGGGUGAAGGCACUUUCGCGGGCCAGCUUCGACUACAUGCGGCUGGUGGUAAAGGAGCUGGAGAAGCAGCUGGAGGAGGCUUGCAAGAGCUUGGCCGCUUGCCGCAAGUCUCCACGGAGGUCCUCCUCCUCUGGCAGGAAGAGGCAUCUCUCCAACCCAGCCUUGCUGCCUCUCCAGGAGAAGCCUUCCAUCCUGGAGAACGGUUACUCCACAUGGGGUAGUGGUGGUUGUAUCCCCGGUGGGGCUGCCUGCCCUGACCAUGAUGGGGGGCAAGCAAAGCCCCCACCCCUGCCUCCUCGCCGGCGCUCGGCCACUGGCAGCGCCACAGGGUCCUCAGCGCCCAGCCUCUCACCAGCCAUGCUGGAGAGCCCAGUGUCGCCAGACACGAUCUGUUUCUCCAAGCUGCACAACUGGUACGGGCAGGAGAUCGUGGUGCUGAGACGAGAGUGGCAGGAGAGGCAGAAGAGGGGACACCUGUGACUGAGGGCGCAGGACGCAAGUCACCAGCCAGCUGAUGCCUGUCAGCCUGUCUCCCACAUGGGAAGAGCAGAGCAAGGGACUCAGUGGCUGAGUGUGCAGUGUGUGUAUGCUUCAGAGGGUGUGUGGGAGGCAUCCGAGUCUUCCCCAAACUUCAUGUUUCACUUCCAUGAGGCUUUGUACAGCCGGAGUGUGUAAUACCAGGAGAGCCACCUCUGAACUCUCCUCUGUUGGUGAUACGAGGUGUGGAGGGGGCACAAAUCAGCAUGUAUGCAACAAACCUCAGCCAAAAGGCUUGGCCCACUGCCGUCUUGGCGGGCAUGCUUCAUCACCCACCUCUCAUUCACCGCUUUUUUUUGGUUUUGUUUCUCAGUGUGGAAGUUUGCACGGGUCAGCGUUUAUUAUUAUCUGUGGUCUUGCGCCAAAGUCCUUCUGCUUUUGUUCUUUUGCUGCAGAUAAGGCUGGGCUCUUAUGAAGUGCCUCCAACGGGCCACUGGCCCUGGCGUGUGCCUCCGGCCUUGUGCCUCUCUCACCACAGGACAUGUGUGAGCCACUGCAGCUGUGGCUGGCCCAGGAGCUGGGGCUCUUGCACUAUCUGUUUUUUUUUUUUUUACUUUUCUUUACUUCUUUACUGACCCUUCUUCCAGCUAAAUUCUUCAGGAUGUGGAUAUCACGGGCUUGCAUCUGUCUCUUUGUGUGCUCAUGCUCAACAACAGGGCUGAAAUGGAGACACAGAGCGUGGCCUGAAGCAACAGUGAGGACCAGGAGCUCCCCAGGGCUUAUCUGGACUCUGUCAAGUGGUAAUCAAGCCUGUUACUAUUUCAGGCUCGAGCUUUCCCUGUUCCAAAACAGGGAUGCUAAAGCCUCUUCACCUGGCCAAGAGUAAAUUUCUCAGCCUUUGUUCAGACCACAGCUCCUGCGAAGUGCCAUAUAGGGCUCAGUCAGCUCAUUAGGCUGCUUGCCCAAGAGGGUGUCCAGAGCCACACCCUUGCUGGGCCUCUCGUUGUGGCUCUGCCCAACUCCUGGCAGUGCUGCACAGUCAGAGGAGAGGCUUUGGAGGAGCAGGGAAGAGGAGAGAGCUGGUCUCGGGAGGAAAAGUGAAGGUGUGGGAGUGAUUUACAGGUAGCAGUGACUGUGUGUUGGUGGUGUCUGGGCUUGCCUCUCUAGCAUCGAAGCCAUAUCGCUGCUUUCUACCAAGCCAGCACUUGGCCUGCCUGUGCUUCCCUCUGACUUCAUCUCAGCAUUGCUUGGCUCAUUCCUGUAGCACAUCCCAUCUUCCCAGCGGGCUGGGAGGGCUGCAGGGAGGCAUGCCUGUCACCUCACUGCAGAAAUAGACUUGUCCAUCAGUAGGUCAGAAACCUUGGCCACAAGGCAGACGGUACAAGUAUGUGGAUGCCAAGUCCAGGGACUAGAACACCCUGGAGUUGGGGUUUAUAAAUCUCCCUUAUCCUCUUGGCAAGGGCUGUUUUUCAGAUUAAAAAAUAUAUGUGAUGUAGUCAUGUGCUUCCUAUCUAAAAAUGGAAAAACCUGGUUUUAUUGCCCUGUUUUAUUAAGGAGCCUUGCUGGGAAAGCAAAAGGCCAUUUCAGGUCAUGACUGGCUGGAACCUAUUUUGCUUUUCUGGAGUUAAAUGCACUCAGCUUUAUACUUUGCAAUAGCCAGUAGAGAAUGCCAGUGCAGAAAUCAAAUUAAUUCCAUUAACUCUUGGUGCCUUUGAAAAUAUAAAUCUCUGGUAGUUUUGGAUGAUGAGCUUCCAGCCUCCUGCCUAAUUAUGGCUCAGUAGUGUAUUAGAGGAAAUCUUAAAUCAGAUCUUAGCAAUAUGACUUCAGGCAGUGACAGUGUAACCUUCACUUACAAGUGAUGCUAUCCAGUCCUCUCCAGUUUGUGCCUGUAUUUCUUCACAGUAAGGAUCUUCAGGUUUGGGAGGAUUAUUUUUGUUCUGUUUUCAAGUGAAAAUAGUUCAGAAAAAGCAGGAGCGGGUGGCUAUGGGUCAGGCCCCAGGCUCUGUCAGCAGCCCAGUUGGUUGGACAGAGGGGUCAGUUCUGCCUCCCUACCUGCAGCUUGAAGAGUUCAGUACUGCAGCAUUCCUGGCUGUGAACCCGUUCCCUUCCCCAUGCCAGGGCAGCAGCAUCAGGGAAUCACACUACCUAGUGCCUCUUUGCUCUGAGCGUGGGUAUUUUGGGGCCAAGGUCAGAUUUGUUAAGCAUUUUCCUGUGUUUAUUUUUUUAAAUGUAAUACAGAGAGAAAAAUAUUUCCGAUGUCUCAGACUUACAUAAGGCAGUUUGACGGUAAAGAUUUAAUUUCUGAAACCAGUCAAAAUGUAGUGGCAGUUCCUACAAGAGAUCCAAGAAUUGGGAACGACUUAAAAAAGAAAAUAAAUUAACAAAGCCAGUUCUGUCAGAACUGGGACUGAAGCAGUAUUAUUCAUUUAAGGGCAGUUUCACUUUUAAGAAGCUGAGUUUGUUUUAAUAAGCCAGGAUUGUAUUCAUAACACUACUAAAGAGCUUAUAUUUAAUGCUUUAAUCUGUCCCAUUCAAAUGGCACAAUUUCCACGCUACCUACCUUUGCGUUAGCACAUAUCCCAGCUAAAUCCUAAAUCCUGCAAAUGAGGCGCUGCGCUCUGCUUUCUGUCUAAUCGCAUUUGGAGUAAUUUUGUGUUUUAUUCUGCAGCACUGACAAGAAAAUGGCUGAAUCCUGAUCCUCAUUUGUGCUCAGCCCAGCUGUCCAUGGGCCUUUGCUAGGUUUCCAAAGUGCUGUGUGACUUUGGAUGCACUUGAUCGGGGCUUCCUCACUAUUCCGUUCUCAUAGCAAGGUUGGCCCUUUUCUGAGUAAAAAGAGCCAUAAUUGGAGUCAUGCCCAAAUUUGUAUGGGAAUAUGGGGUUUUUUUAAUGACUGUUGCUGCUUGCUUCAUUAGGCAGGAAGCAUCUGGGUGCCCCUCUGCCUCCUCAGAGAUGGAGACUAUCAAACCAGCACAGCUGAGAAUUGGUUGUGCUGGUAGAGUCUUUGAAGCAGUUCGCAGGCUGGAGGUUGGGAUUUCAGGUUCCUGAAGUUGCACAUGCAGCUGGCUAAUGGAGCAUCCUGUCUGUCUGCGGGCAGACAUCAUUACAGGAAAGGCAGAGAGUUUUCACUGCACAUCGUCCCUGGCAGCAAAAAAGACUAAUUGCCACACAUGGGUUUUUCUCUAGCCAUUCAGGUUUGGACUGUUUCACCUCCUGCUUCCACUUUCCCUUAUUAAUUUUUAAAAAUAGAGAAUGUCUGGGCUGCACAGAACAGGUUCCUUGGCAUAGGGGGAGCUGAAUGCUAAAGCUGAAUGGGUACUUUCCUUAAGGUACUGAAUUUAAGAUCCUUUUCUAAGACUUUUCUUUAGCAUAAUAAUGCAAAAGCAAUGAGAGAAAAAUGCUAAAAUUUAAAAGAAGACUGAAAGACGGAGGGCAAUUCUAUCAUGGCCUUUGUAAGCUAUGGCGAGAAGGGCUCCCAAUCCUGCUAAAAUACUUGACAAAAUCCUUAAAUUUUUUUCUGAGGCUGGCAUUUAAGAUUUAAACCCGUGAUAUUAUUUCUGCACAUCUUUUUUGUUAAACUGUGCUGAUGUUUUCCACUGAAUCCAGGUCCUAGCGGCAAGAGUAACCUGAAGUUUUUCCCCGUGGCCACUGCUAGCCACUUGGUGGACAAUCCUGACCGGGAUCAGACAUUUUCUGUUACAGUAGCUACUGCAUUAAUUGGGGGGGGGGAGGCGGGGAGUGACCCCUCCAUCUUAACCUCUCUCGACUGCCUUUGCAGAGAAGCUUAAAGAAUCCCCACUGAAAUGCACGUGGAGUUCCCGUGUCCGGGGCACCUCGGCACCACCAAUUGCGUUCAUUCCGCACAAUUACCUGGCAACACUACGAGCAACCCGCGGGGACACUCCCGCCUUCCCAAGGGCUUCUAUUUUAGGUAGGACGGCGUGUUCUAUUUUUAAGGAGACGGUUUUGCAUGCGCCUUUGUUUUACACGCGGAACUUGUGUUAUACAUUUCAUUACUUUGUUAGCGUUUGUUUUACACGCGGAACUUGUAUUACGAAUCUCAUUUACGUUGUUCAGCGUUUGUAUUUUAUGCUAAAUAAACCGGAUUGAUUUGUAGCCCGUGAGCCCCCCCGGGAGUGUCUGCAGGGCCUGGGCAUUCCCGCCCGGCGCGGUUUUCCCCAGUGGAGCCCUCUCGGAAGGGGUGGGAGACUGCCCGCUUCCUUCCCUCCUCCCGGCCACC